AUGGCCUUCAGGUUAAUCAUGGUUGAUCCACGACCAGCAAUGAAGAACGAAGGCUCUGCAGCUUCUCAAAGGCGGUCCCAUAUUAACAAAACCACGAGUGAAAUCACUGAACAGGGUGAUCUCUCACUUAUGAUACAUUCUUUCGAUUCUGGCCAAACGUUCAAAGUCCCCCGUAGCUGUAAAACCGCUGUUGGCAAAAAAAAGACGAACAAAGCCGGUAAAGGACGUGGAUCAAGUGACGGACAAAGACUUGUUUUUUGCUCGCCCUCCUUUACUUCAGCCAAAACGUCAAAGACAAUUGAACAGGCUGUGCAUUCAGAGCAGACUCGAAAACCUGUCAAGGAUAAAUUAGCUUUGACCUCCCGUCAAAGAGAUCUCACGUUUGUAAGCUCAAUCACAGAUGACUAUCACUUGGAAUAUGCAAAUCCCUGGCAAUCAUCUUUCGAAUUCGAUGGCAGAAAACCGCAACGUCCACUCUUUCGCAUAACCAGUCCGAAACUGCGCAAAAACGUCACAAAGCCUAACGGGCAUAUGAACCUCUCGAACGUAAUUAACCCAAGUUUUGCAUUUUCUCACAACUCGCUGAAUGAAUCUAAUGACAGAAGCACGAAACAGCGGCAGAUAGCCUUUGACACCAGUCCCAUUUUCAAAGUUUCGCUCAAUAAUAGGUGA